GGAUGACAGGAAAAUGUGCUGAAUUUCAACAAAAGUUUAUUUCAAUUUGUGUCUCCUCCAUAUGUGAGAAGUUGCACUAGUUUGAGACAAGAUGAAUGCAGACUUAUUCCUUUGUGAUGAUGUCAAAGAGUUGUUUCACAACAAGUUUGUGGUCAUCAUGGGAGAUUCAAUCCAGAGGGGCAUCUACAAAGAUCUGAUAGGGAUGUUACAAAGCAACAAGUAUUUGACUGAAUCUCAUCUAAAGCAAAAGGGGGAGCAUUCCGUAUUAAGGGACAAGUUGAUAGAAGGAGGUCGCCUUGGUCAGAUGCACAAUGGAAAGUCAUACAGAGAAGUCAGGCAGUAUCAGACAGAUUUCCAUUUGGUCAGAUUUUAUUACCUAACACGUUGCUAUGGCCCAUACAUGGAAACUAUAUUAGAUGACCUCAUUGAAGAGCCUAAACCAGACUUGGUCAUUAUGAACUCCUGUUUGUGGGAUGUUACCAGGUACGGUAUUACCAGAUCUGUACCUGAAUACAAGACUAACCUAGAGCGACUUUUCACCCGAUUUGAUGAAGUCCUGGAUGACCAAUGCCUCCUUAUAUGGAAUACUGCACUUCCUGUCGGGGAAAAAGCAUAUGGGGGAGUACUCAUCGAGGAGGUUAAGUUUAUGAAUGAGACUCUACGAUUGGAUAUCAUGGAGGCGAAUUUUUUCGCAAAACAAGUUGUGGUGGAACAUGGAUAUGACGUCCUCGAUCUUCAUUAUUAUUUCCGUCGCCAACUUCAUCGUCGCGUAAAGGAUGAUGUGCAUUGGGACAUGACUGCUCAUCGACGCAUGUCCAACCUGCUACUGACUCAUGUGGCCGAAGCAUGGGGUAGAAAUAUUCCAAGACGGUUAUCCAAAGAUCGCAAGACGUCAACAGGUAAGAUGAAUGAGGAUGAGGAAGUUAGCUCUACAACCCAGAAUUCUGAGUUUGGUGAAGCCCCGAUAGCUGAUAUUGAUGGAUGUGUAAAUUCCCAUAAGCAUCCACUGGAAAGUUUACAAAAGUUAAGUGCGAAUAUAGGAUUUGUGCCAAUUCAAAAAUCUGAAGAUUCAGAUAAUCGAUCAAGAGCAUCCCUGUUAAGAAGAUCUGAAUCCCCUGCUUUGAUCUCCAAGAGGGAGAGAUCUGAAUCUCCAGCUGAAAGAUCGAAGAGAAAAAGAUCUGAAUCACCUGCUGUUAGACCUGCAUCCCGAGGAUCAUCUGGAAGAUCUAAUUCACCAGCACACAAAGCUCCUUCACCGAUAAUCCCACCGCCGCCACCAUUAAUGAAACCUGAGGUCAAGUCAUGGGCAUAUAAGCGAGGAUAUAAAAUCUCAACAAAAUCACCUCAGCCUUAUGGUGGCAAUACUUACAGCCCUGGCCACAGUAACACACAUAACUACAACAGUGGCCCCAUGUUUAACCAAACUCCCAAUGCACCAGGGUUCCCCAAUAACCAUGCAACUCACUCCAACUCUGGUUACAACUUCAACCAAUCAAACUCUUUCAGAAAUAACUUUUCACCAACAGUGAAUUCUAACUACCAAUGGAACGAUUAUGCUCAGAAUGAUUCCAACUACGCUCCCCAGAGAUAUGUGACCUUGGGACACCCUCAACAUCCACCCAUAAAUAGGCAACGUCAAGUUACUAUGCGGCUUAUUGGUCAGGCGAACCCAUAUUGAACAAAUUCCAUUCAUAUGUCAAAACUGCACAAAGUUAUGUAUGCUCAAAAGGUGCUAGUCUAACCUGUAGAAGGUGUUAUAUUUUGAUCUGUUAUGCUGAAAUAGUCCAUACCCAUAAUCGAAAAGUAUAUAUCCGUCAAAGCUGCUCAAUCGAAGUCAUGUUUGUGCAAAAGCUGCAAGUCAAACCAGUAGAAUAAUGUCAUUUUGAACAAGUUUGUAUAUAUUAGUCCAAACGGAAAAAUGGACAAUCAAAAAACUUCACAAUUUAAAGUCGAACUGUGGAAUGGUGCC